GCAAAGUUUUUACUACAAACAAAAUUAGUUUUGAAAUUGAGGGAAACAGUUAGUUAGUCAUUUGAAUCAGCAAUGAAUACAACAAGCAGGACUGGCUUGGUACCAGCUAGAAAGAGAAACUUCGUAAUAAAAGAAAAGCGGAAGAAAUCUACAGAAGCUUUACCACUCAAAUUUGAAGCUUCCCCUGUAGUUCUAUCACUACGACCACUGGGUGGACUGUAUAAUCCUUUUGCCAAGGGCUGUUCGGUACUAUGUAACCAUCCAGCGCCACCAGAUUUAAAAAAUAUAAUAAGUCAAAUGAAAACGUCACUGAUAGUGGAUGGCAAAAGUGUGCAGCUCCAGAAAGAUAAAAACGUUGCGACAUCACUCCAUGAUACCGACAACAUACCGGAAGACCUCUUUCGACGUUACACGGACACAGACUCACGUCCGCUGACACCAACUCCGACAGUUACCAGUGUGCAUACUAGAAACAGCACAAGUUCAUUCUUGAACAAUAGACGCUGUAUAACACCUGAGUUGGGUAAAAAUGAGAUAAUCAAGAGGAAAAAGAUUAUAUUGGAUUUGCGAAGAACGCACUCUCAAGAAACGCUUUAUUGGAAACCCUCAUCAGAUAUGUCACAAAGCAACACCGACACCGGUGGGCUUAAGCCGAAAAGUGCCGGUGCAAAUGAGGAGCGCAAAAGCAAGCACUUACGUGGCGAAGAACUGCGGCCUAAUACCUCUUUGGGUAAUGUCCAAGUUGGUGAUGGGGUAAAAGAUAUGGAAAGCGUGGACAUAAAGAAAGUAAAAACUUGUAUUAAUGAGCAACAUAUAGAUGACGAGGACAUACGGCGUGGCAAGAAGAGAAAAAAGUUAAAACCCACUACAACUACUACAGCUACAUUUCACCUUAGCGAAGAUCCUGAAACACAAGUUGCUGCGCUCGGUCCGGACUCACUGAACCCGAGCACACGUCCAAGUCUUAUACCCAAUGCGGCGAGUUUGCUGCCAAGCAAAGAAAAACGCGAGAGUGAACCAAUACUUUUGAAAGGCAGUUUUCUAACGGACGAAGCUUUUCAAGCAUUAAAAACGGAACUGGAUAUCGAUGUUAUCGAAAACACUUUUGGUAAAUAUUUGAAUCGCGCUUUACGUGAGGCUUUUAAAUAUUUACCAGAGAAGAAACCAAAACCAAACAAGAGAGCUGUUGAGAAAUAUGAAAAUCCUGCAUUCACUUUCAAAGCCAAAUUGCCACGGAAGCUUUCAAAGUCAGCAAUAAGAUUUGAUGUACCGUUAGAUCCAAAAUUACUAAGAGAUAUGACAGUUUUAGGCUAUCUAGGCAAAUAUGUGUGGGUCUCUGACCAACGAAAGCAGCUCUUCAAAAGAGUUUUCCUGCAAUAUUUGCCGACAGAAAUAAUUGAACAUGAUGAAACAACAGACAAUAUGGUAAAGAAUGAUGGCAAUGCCGAAGACGACUCUUAUCAGGUGCUAAACGAGUACGUAGAACGUAAAAUACCACUUAGUUGCUUUCCGAAAGCAUUAGAAGACGUUCUAGAAUUUUAUGGCACCGAGCAAAAUAUAUCGAAAAUAUUACAUUUAAUAGAAUAUGAAAAUGAAGAAUCUUCUAAGGAAAUUGAUUUUCGUACUUGGUGUGGCGUUGUCUCGUUUGCAGAACGGUUGGCGAUGGAAAAUCCCAAUGGGUCGGACUCAUGUGAUGAGUUGGAAAAGGCGGACUUCGGUAGCUUAGAAGAAAGGUUACCAAAUUUUUCUAUUCCAGAAAAGCUAUUGGAAAUCUUCAGAAUAAUUCGAUCAACACAUAAUGUAUAACGUACGCGAGAGAACAAUAUGGAAUCAUUUCUCAUGAAUUUUAAUUAAAAGUGAAUUAACUCCAUAGUGUAAAUAUUUUUAUAAACUCAACAUUCUUACAUGUACACAAUUGAAGCACACAACUUAUAUUACAAAAUUGCAAUAACUAUGUAAGUACAUACAUAUGUAUGUAUGUUUCUCGUAUUAUAUAAAUAAAAGCAAUAAUACUAAAGCCUCACCACUUUAAACCACUGAUA